GACACAAAAAUCAAAAUGUCUCAAGCUCAGGCUGAAAACGUGAUUAGAAAUAUUAUCUGCGAGCUUGUUCAGCGCUGUGCCUCACAUGGACAUGAAGUGUCAGAGACGCUCGCUGCUUUCAUGAUUAAAGCAGUUGUACUGGAUCCUAAAAAUGGUUUUGAUGUGGAUUGCACACUGACCUCCCACGACGUACAGAAGCUCACUGAGAUCUGUCUGCAAAGACUCACAGAGAGGUGCCCAUUCCUGGACACUGUCAAGAUGCAGGUGUAUUUUGAUCUCAACUACACUACACGACGGGAGUUUGUGACAGAGAUCCAUCACGUGGUGGAGUCCAAGCUGAGCCCAUUGAGCCGAGAGAUCACAGACAGCAGAGUGAAGACACGCGACCAGGUCGAGACUUUGUACCACAAAAUUACCCACUACAUGUUGCUGCGCUCUGGCAUGGCCUCUCCCAGUGACACUGAUGCCCUACACCAGACCACAGCGGCCCUUCAGAGUGUCUUCCCUCAGACAGAACUGGGCUCCUUCAUGGCUUUGCUCAAAAGAGACAAAGAGCAGCAGCUCAAGGACCUGAGCAUGCUGGUGACGGGGAUCCGUCUCUUCAAUCACUUCAGCAUGGCCCAGGACCAGGUGGAGCUCAAUAUCCAGGACUUAGUGCCGGAGGUGCUGAGAGAGGUCCUUCCUGUGAGCCGUACAGCCCUGGAGCAGGAGCUGGAGGAAUGCGAGAGACUGGUGUGGAGAUACACGUGUGCCCUGGAGGCCUUCACUGAGCCUGGGACUGCCACACCAGCAGAGAGUGGGGUCUCCAUGGAGCUGCUCCGGCAAGCGCUUUACAAUGUCCGCCAGCACCAAGCCUUCCUCAACAUGCUAAUGGCUGAUGUGGGGGCAAGUGUCCAGAGGGUAGAGCUGCUGCAGAGCGAGCUCACAGCACAGUUACAAGUGCUUAGGGACACGGUGCAGUCCAAGAGAGCCGUACCUGCCGCACAAGUCUUUCCCAUGUUCCGGUCUGUGUCGCGUCUCUGGAGUGGUCUGCAGGACGAGGCUGAGCUGCUCCACAUCUUUAGGAACCUGGCAUUGAGUCUCCGCCCAUUUGUUUCAUCCCAAGCUCAGAUCUUCUCUGAAAGCAGCAUAGAUAGUCUCCUGCAGGAGUCAGAGAUCAAGAGUGACGCAGAAAGGAAGCGCUUAUGUGAAGAAAAGCCCAUAGACCCGGCGGAGGUGAGUGGUCCUGACACUGAAUGGUUAGUGCCUGAACAGCCCAACGACACAGAACUUCAGAAUGUGCAGUACAGCGGCUUCUGUGGACAUGCACUGGUGUCUCGGGAUGGACUGCUGCUGCCUGGUAACCCUCAAUUGGGCCUUUUGAAAUAUAAGGAGAAGUUGUAUGUGUUUAGCUCCAAAGACUCAGCGCUACAGUUUGCCUCAGCUCCAGAGCACUACAUAUCAGAGGUGGCAGAGAGAGCCAAACGCAGCCCAGAGCUCAUCCAACUGCUGUGCCUUCACCGACAGUUCUCCUGCGUCACCCCAUACACAGAGCUGCAGUCUGGAGAGCAUCUCCUGGUGCGGCCCAUCACUCGGAGCUCCAGUGGCACCCAGACCGACACUCACCCGGUGGAGAGCUACAUAGAUCGGGCAUACGAGUGGAACGAGUGGGCCUUGCGAAGGAAGGCGCUGAAGCUGGCUGAUAUCCUAAGCAAACAGACUCACUCAACUCAGACCAACUUGAGCCAUUUUAAGAGAGACAACUGCACUCAGACUUACCUCCACAAAGAUGCUGUGGGACAGACCACACAGGACGGAGAGAGCAAUGUGCCCAGGCCAUUGGUAUAUCUGUCUGGACUACGGGGACAGAGAGGUGGGCACAUGGUCAGAGUGGACCUGACCAGAGCCUUGGAUGAAUGA